AUGUCUCUCCAAGUUCUUCUGAAUCUUCUGAUGAUCAUCGGUGCCUCACUUCUACUUCUAGUACAAUGUGGAGGAAAGAAGAAAGGAAAAACGGCGACAUCGACAAAAAGCGAAAACGACGAAGAAGAGUCGGAAGAUAACGAUUCAACAAUGGAGAAGAAGAAAAAGAAGUCGAAGAAGCCGAAAAAAGAGGAAUCCCAAACGGAAAGUGGGAAAAACGUGCCGAAACCACCGAAAAACAUGGCACAGAUCGCGGCGACACAUGAUCCAAAUUAUCAGACAUUGGCUGGCUUAAAUAAUGAUGCAGUGUUCGGUGGUGGAGCAGGUGGUGCACCAGCUGGCCCAAAGGCUCCAGCGGUCGGUUCGAAUCCUGGAAUGGCUGGAACACAGGAUCCGAAUUAUCAGACAUUGGCUGGUCUUAAUAAUGAUGCAGUGUUUGGUGGCGGAGGCGGUCCAAAAGCACCGGCAGUUGGUGGAAAGGCGGCUACUAAUGAUCCGAAUUAUCAGACUCUCGCCGGACUCAACAAUGAGGAAAUUUUCAAAGCAGGAGGUGGUGGAGGGGCGGGACCAAAAGCUCCAGCUGCUCCAGGAGCUAAGGCGGCAACAAAUGACCCGAAUUAUCAGACACUGGCCGGUCUCAAUAAUGCAGACAUUUUCAAGGAUAAGGCUGGUGGAGGGGGCGGAGCCAAUGGACCGAAAGCUCCCGCCCAAAUUGGAGCGAAGGCGGCGACACAUGACCCCAAUUAUCAGACCUUGGCUGGGCUUAAUCAGGAUAUUUUUGGUGCUGAUAAGAAGAAAUUCUAG